AUGUCGUGGCGAGCAGCGGUGACCACCGCGACCCAUGGCUGCUCUCCGCAGGCCGACGAUGUCUUCGGGCCCGUCGUCGGUCGAGAAUGCCGCGGCGGCUUCGACUUGACCCUGUUGUUCGAGCAGGCCGUGCUGUCGAUAAUUCCGGCGGCCAUCAUCAUCGUCGCCUUUCCGCUGCGCUUCGCCUACCUCGCCACCGCUCGACCGAAAUCGAUUCUUCAUCCCGCGCGCUUCUUCAAGCUGUUCGCAGCCUCCGUCUUUCUCCUCCUUCAGGUCGCGCUUCUUGUCCUGUGGUCCCGCGAUGAGGUGAACCGCACGAGGGCCUCGCUGCCCCUGGCCGUCCUCAAUGUCAUCGUGGGCCUUCAGCUGGUGGUGCUGUCGUGGAUGGAGGACGGCCGGUCGAUCCGCCCCUCGACCAUGCUGGGCACCUACCUCGCCAUCACCGUCAUCCUCGACAUUGCGCAGGCAAGGACACUGUGGCUUCGACACCUAAGCACGCCCAUUGCCGCCGUCUUCUCCGCCACGGUGGCCGUCAAGGCCGUCAUGUUGCUGCUCGAGAGCCGCAAAAAGACCACAUACCUCAAGCAAGCCCACGCGGACCUCCCGCCCGAGGCCACCAGCGGCAUCAUCAACCGCAGCUUCCUCUGGUGGCUCAACGACCUGUUCCGCCGAGGCCUCUCCACCCAUCUCACCCUCGACGACCUGUAUCCCUUGGACGACGAGCUUGCCUCGGGCCCCUUGAGCACCAAAAUUCAACAAGCCUGGUCGCGGCGACGCAAGCCCGAGCGCCGCUUCGAGUUUCCCCUCGCGGCCUGGCGGGCUCUGCGCUGGCACAUCCUGUCCGCCAUCGUCCCCCGGCUGUUUCUGAUUGCGUUUACGUUUGCACAGCCCUUUUUGAUUUCUCGCGUCCUGGACCUGCUGUCCGAGCCCGACAGCCAGCCAGCCCGCAACGUGGGCUACUCGCUGAUCCUUGCGGCGGCCGUCAUCUACAUGGGACUGACGCUGUCGACCCUCUACUACAACCACAGCGUCUACCGGUUCAUGACAAUGUUCCGUGGCGCCAGCGUCGCGCUCAUCUUCAACCACAUGCUCACGCUUCCCCUCGGCGAAUACGAUGAUUCGGCCGUCGUGACUCUGAUGAGCACCGACGUGGACCGCAUCGUGCUCUGCCUCAUCAGCCUCAAUGAAAUCUGGGCGCGCGUCAUCGAGGUUGCCGUGGGAGUCGUGCUGCUGGCGCGGCAGCUUGGCUGGGUCUGCCUUGUGCCGCUCUUUGUCGUCGUCGUGUCCUUUUUUGGCAGCGCGGAAAUCUCGAGGACCAUCGGCGCCCGCCAAAAGGUUUGGAUAGACGCCGUGCAGCAACGAAUCACCAUCACGGCCUCGAUGCUUGCCGAGAUGAGGAGCGUCAAGAUGAUGGGGCUGAGCCCGGUGUUGUCUGCCAUUGUCCAGGAUCAGCGAGUCCAGGAAACGCGGCGCAUGGCGGCGUCCCGAUGGAGCAUCGUCUGGCAAAACGUCGUGCAGAACCUGCCCUGGGCGCUGGCCCCCUCGCUCACCUUCAUCAUCUACGUCGCGCAGGCCACGGCACGGGGCAGCUCUUCCAUCGACGUCACCCAGGCCUUUACCGCCUUGUCCAUCAUCACGCUGCUCACGGAUCCUGCCGCCAAGCUUCUGAGUGCCAUACCUUCCACUGCUGCGAGCUUGGGCUGCUUCGAUCGGAUCCAGGAAUUCCUCGUAGCACGUCCCAGGACCGACCCCCGCUUCGUUGUGUCGCCGUCGAGAACGACACAAGGGCAAGAGGCCGCCACGAUCUCGAUGCAAAACAUGUCGCUCCGCCCCGUCGCCACCGCCGAGCCCGUCCUGACGGACGUCAACUUCGCCAUCGCCCGCGGGUCACUGGCCAUGGUCGUUGGCCCCGUCGGGUCCGGCAAGACGACCCUGAUCAAGGGCAUUUUAGGCGAGGUCAAGGACCAGAACGGCGGCUCCGUCAGGAUCGCCAGCAAGCAGGUCGCGUUGUGCGUUCAAGUACCUUGGCUGCCCAACACGACGAUCCGGGAGGCCAUCUCAGGCUACGUGGAGGAGGGGCAAAGCGUCGAUCAGGCGUGGUACCGGAAAUGCCUGCAUGCAUGCGCGCUCGACUACGAUCUCGAUCGCCUGGCAGACGGCGAAGACACCCUUGUAGGCAGUGCGAGCACGGUCCUCAGCGGUGGCCAGAGAGCGCGGGUUGCUCUGGCUCGCGCGGUCUACGCCCGGACGGACAUUGUGCUCCUCGACGACGUGCUGGGCGCUUUGGACACCAAUACGCAGGCCACAAUCAUGUCUCGCCUGUUUGGCAGCGAAGGCUUGCUGAAGAAGCGCAACGUGACUGUGGUGCUCGCGACGCACGCCACCGAAUUUCUCAAAUAUGCCGACAAGGUCCUCAUCGUUUCUGAUGGACGGGUCAAGGAUGGCGGCAAGGGCGACGGUUCUAUCCCCAAGGAGCUCAUCAAUGCUCUCAAGGCCACGUCCAGCCCCUCGGCGGAUCAAGUCGAGCCCAAGGAACCCAACGCCAAGGACAGGGCGGAGGAGAUUGCCGAGGCCAAUGAAGUGAGUGACAUGAACAGGUCGGAAGGCGACCUGGACGUGUAUCGGUACUACUUCAAGUCUGUCGGCUGGCCCAAGACUGCCCUCUUCGUCGGGUUUGUCAUUGUGGACGUUUUCUGCAGCAGCUUCAGCACGAUCUGGUUGAAGUGGUGGGCCGAGGUUGAUGGGGGCCAGAUCGCGCUCUACAUGAGCGUCUACGUCGCCCUGGCGUUCCUGACGUCCGUGGGAACCGGUGGAUACGUCUGGUCCAUACUGAUCCUCAUCUCUCCGUACACCGCGCGUAAAUUGCACGCUGUGCUGCUACGGGUUGUCAUGAGGGCGCCUCAAUCGUUCUUCUCGGCCACGGACAGCGGGUCGAUUCUCAACCGGUUCAGCCAGGACAUGACCAUCAUCGAGGGACAGCUGCCCAUCGGCAUCCUCAUCGCCGUCUCAAAUUUGUUCUCGUCGCUCGCGGCCGCGGCCCUGGUCACCACGGGCUCCGUUUACAUGGUCGUCAGUGUCCCGUUCCUUGUCUUUACCAUCUGGGCGCUGCAGCACGUGUACCUCCACACCUCGAGGCAGCUGCGGCUGCUGGACCUCGAAAGCAAGAGCCCGCUAUAUUCCCACUUCCUGGAAACCGUAGGCGGCCUCGCCACUAUCCGCGCGUUUGGAUGGCAAUCGCGUUUCAAGGCCAAGAAUGAGAGGCUGCUGGACUACUCGCAGCGGCCGCACUACCUCUUGUACUGCAGCCAGCGGUGGCUCAACCUCGUCUUGGACCUCAUCGUCGGCGCGCAGGCCGUCCUCGUCGUCGGCCUCGCUGUUGGGCUUCGACGCUCCACCAGCCCCGGUCUUCUCGGUGUCUCCCUGAACAGCACGUUGUCCUUUAGCGGCGCUCUCUCGUCCCUCGUGUCAGGCUGGACGAUGCUGGAAACCUCGCUCGGCUCGAUUGCGAGGUUGAUGAGCUUCGAGGCUACGGUCAAGCCAGAGGACAAGCCCGGCGAGACGUACCAGCCGCCACCCAGCUGGCCAGAGCGCGGUGCCGUUGAAUUUCGCCAAGUCACCGCUGUCCACAGUCCCGGAGCCGUGGGCAUUUGCGAGGUUAGUCUGGAGAUCAAGCCGGGCCAAAAGGUCGGCGUGUGCGGCCGCACAGGAAGCGGCAAGAGCUCGCUCGUAGCUACUCUGGUGAGGCUAUUGGAGAUGGACUCCGGUUCCAUAUUCAUUGACGGAGUGGACGUUGCCACGGUGCCACGCGAAACGAUCCGCGAGCGCCUCGUCAGUCUCCCGCAAGAUCCACUGGUCCUCAAUGGCAGCGUGCGCCUCAACGUGGACCCAGAAGAGCGAAGCACCGAUGAAGCCGUGGCGACGGCGCUGGACCGCGUGGGCCUUGGGGAUUUUGCGCAGUCGCGCGGCAUCAUGGCCGACAUCACGGCGACGUCGCUGUCGCGAGGCGAGCAGCAGUUGCUCGCUCUGGCGCGGGCGGUCGUCAAGAAGCAAGCCUGCGGCAGCACCAUUCUGCUGCUGGAUGAGGCGACAAGCAACGUCGACGCCGAGACCGAUGCCGUGCUGCAGCGCAUCCUGCGUGAAGACUUUUCGGGGUGCACGCGGGUGGCCGUAGCGCACCGCAUCGAGACGAUUAUGGAUUCGGACGUGAUUGUGGUCAUGGACUCGGGACGCAUCGUAGAGGUUGGUGCGCCUUCGGAUCUGUUGCAUAAGGAAGACGGGUGGUUCGCCCAACUGGCCGGGUCCAAGGAGUAGCCUUGGGGUUGGAUAUGCUAGCCCGUCAAGAUGCUGUUCGGUUCCGCAUCACAGCCGACUGUUGUUUUUGUAUUGUCUAUGAUGUGGGGGUCUGAUCUAAGUGACAGGAAUUUGCUCCAACAGCAUUUGCCAUUGGCAUGGCUUCAGCGCCCUACGAAGCGUCACCCUUGACGGGAGAUCCGACCAUGAGGUCAAGCAAAGAGAUGACCACCUCAGCAGCAGCCAAUGCGGUGGUUUGGCUGACCGUGUCGUA